GUCUUGUUGAAUCGAGGAAGAGACUGUCGUGGAGGGGAACGUGCAACAGUCUCGUGGUCUUCGCGUCUGGGUCGCGACGCACCCAGGACCUCUCCUGAGCCUCUGUUGCGCUGUCUGUACAGGUCCGCUGGACGCCACCGUGAAGGAGCUCUUCACCAGUUGCCAAAGCGAGCAACGGCGGCUCGCAGCUGUCGCGACGGAAGCCGUGGACCGGAACGACAUGAAGCGCUACGGCCAACUUUCAGAUGUGCUGGAUAUGUUGGCAGAAAGCAUGUCGAUCUACGAGGCUCUGCGGGCGUCCGAGUCAAUCGCCUUCGCUUCCCGAGAGAGUCGCGCCGGCUCUUGCAAGAGCGCCCCCGCUUUGCAGCGGAACUCGAAGAAAACUGAGGAAGACUCAAGCCGCCCUCGCGUCUCCGACGCGGUUUCUCACGAGACACGAGGAAGCCGGAGACGGCAAACAGACGGGCAAGAAAAAGCAGAGAGAGCGCCGCGCAAAGAGAAACACUCGAGGAAUGGAGAGGGCCGCCACAAGCAGAAGAAGGGCGAGAGUCGGGUGGAGAGGACGGACAAGAACCAGAGGCGGUCGGGAGAACCGCCAAGAAGCGAGGAAAGGAGGACGCGCGAGGUCUCUAGAAAACGCGAGAACGGAGAAGAAGAGACUUGGGUCGCGUCGUGGUUCGAAGAAGACGGUGGCAACGACACCCUCUUCUUCCCGCUGGAGAAAGAUAUGGCCGACUGGGGUCGGGAGGCUCAAAAGCUCCACAGCGACCGCGGAGAGAAGCCCAGGCGGCGAGAGAGCGAAGGAGACACAGACUGGCCCAGCGUCACGCCCUCGAAAGACCGCGGAGACAGGGCCGCGGCCAUCACUGCCGACUGGGCGCCCGCCUCGUGGGGCGAGGCUGCGGAGUCGGCCUCCGACGCGCUGGAGGAGACGCCGAGAGAGAGAGACAAGAGACGGUCGAGGGACGCAGAAAGACCUUCCGAAAAACCUGCAAGGAAGGGAGAGAAGAACGGAGAAAGGAGGCGAGAAAGAAGUGGAGAAAGGAAGUUGGCGAGGAACGACGAGGAAGACAGUUGGGGUUCGAGGGCAAAUCACGGCGAGGAAAGAUUGUCUUCUCGCGAGAGCUUUCCAACGGCGCGAGACGAAGGGUGUGCGCGUCGCGGCGACAGUUACAAAGACGAGAGGCGCUUUCGGGUCUCCUUCUCCUCCGUUUCUUCUCGCAGCGACCUCGAAGAGAGUUUUCAAGAGUCCCCACUGGACGAGGACUCAUGGGAUGUGCAUGUCAUGGUUCAUCGUGCUCUCUUUCUCCCAGUUUCGUCUUCGGGGAGCUAUGUCGUCGUCGCGAGUCUCCUGACCAACAGCGGAGACAGGCGGCAAACCUUGCAACACAGUGGCGGCCGGGCUUCGGCUGGCUGUCUCGCGCGAGCGGUGUCGGCGCCGCGGUCGAGCAACAGCAGCGGGGAGUGCGUUUGGGAGGAAACUCUCGUGCUUUCUCUGGGGUCUUCUUUUUUUUCUGGGAAACGCGAAACAUUGAUGCACGCGUUGCGCGAGGCGUCGCUCCGCUUUGAGAUCUCGGAGCCUGUCUCCCUCGCCCCUCUCGCCACGGCUCUCGAGCCUGUUGCCCUGCCCCCGCUAGUCCGCGGCGCCCGUCGCCACGGCUCGGUGUCUCUGCGGUCGAGCCGCGGCGGCAACGGCGGCAGUCUCUCUUUUUCGCUGUGUCUGGAGAAAGGGCGCGCGCAGGUCGAGGACGGCGGGAGGCGCGAGAAACUCCGGAGAAAGGACAAGCGGGAGCGAGACGCCGAGGCGAGUCUCUUCUUCGACGCGGGCCUCGCCGCCGAGGGACUCGCGUCGGAACGAAGCGACUUCCGAGACCCCGACAGAGAACGCGAGCGACGUCUACAGAGCUCGAGAGAUGUCGCCCAAUGGCCUCCGACUCUAGGGACCUCAGUGUGGAACGAGGGGACGCCAGGACCGAACGGAGGCUUCGCAGAUCCCAGCGCCCAAGACCCAUCCGCGUAUUUUUCAGGAGCCGCGAGCCAUCCUGUCCUCAGUGUGGGGUCUCCCGUCCCCAACGGGGGGUCUCCGGUCCCCUGUGUGGGGUCUCUGACCCCCGGAGGGGGGUCUUCUUCAGGCCUGGAGGCCCAGAACGCGCAGCUUUCUCAGCAGAGUCAGCAGCUCCAGAACCUGUUGCUCGCUAGCCAGCAGCGCGAGCAGAGUCUGCAUGCACAGUUGCAGGCCUCCCAGGGGUACAUGCAGCAGGUAUUGCAGGUCUUGAGCGCGACUCAGGUGGCUCUGAAGCAGCGCGAAGGCGAGGGCGAGAAGGCUCGGGCCUCGGCUCUCGCCCUGGAGGAGACACAGCGCGAACUGAGGGAGCUGCGAGAGCAACUGAGGGCGCGGACGGAAGAAGAGCGGGGCGAGGCGAGCGAGAAGGCGACGCUGAAGCGGACUGUGGAGACCCAGAAAGUGGAGCUCGAGAAGAUGAAGACGAAGCUGUCGGAGCAGAGCGACCUUCUCCGCGACGCCCGCGAGAGGCUCGCCGUCCAGCGACGCAGAUGUGCCAGGUUACGAGACGAUCUCGUCGAGGCAGACGAGCUCACCGAGGCUGUGAAGACCCAACUGUCUCUGUCCCAGUCUCAAGAGCAGGAGCAGCAGAGACAAAUCCUCGCUCUCGCCUACUGUCUGGGGAUCCAGCGGGAAGGUGAAGGCCUCCUGGAGGCCGUGGAGGGAUCUCGAGGGGCUCUAGCUCCGUUGCGGAGCUCUGCACCCGGCCUUCUCGGACGGCGAGACGACGAGGCCGUUCCGCAGAAGGAUGGCACCGGGAGUCGCGCCCUCGCUCUCAGAGAUGGCCCUCGACUCUCGCCUUCGUUUCAGCUGUCGGCGCGUCUGCGCGAGAGACAACGAGGAGAUACAUGCCGGGUCGACGCAUGCGGAUUCUUGAUUCGCGAGUGUGGAGCAUUCACCGCAGAAGACCAAGCCGGCUUCCCCGGAGUGUCUCCAAGACCGGUGGCUGCGCGCCGCGGCCUACGUGGGCUCGGACGGACCCGCGAAGGCCGGCUUGGAGCCCAACGCGCCCGUCGGGCGUGUGCCAGGAGCCCGAGCGCAGAAGCGACGUCGGAGAGUGCAGGCGAGACGCGCGGGAGAAGAGGCUCGACAGAAGAGAGCGAAGAAGAGACAGAUGGAGACAGAGAGGACCAGCUCGAGUCCACAGUCGUCGAGGACUGGAGACUGACACCGACAGUGCUUCUCGCUCUUCGGCAGAGGCAGGUUAGUCCGCGAGAGGUGCAGUCCGUCUCGUCUGCGCUCUGGAGUCGGCUCCCCCAUUCUCUCUCGCAGGCGCCGUUCCUCUCUCUCCCUCUCCAACCUUCCCCCUGUUCUCUCCUGCAACAGCAGGUGCUCACGGCGCUCUUUCAGCAGGCUCUGUUGGGGCAAAAGAGAGAGCCCAGCGCGUAUCUUCUCUAUGAAACAGACGCUCUCCAGGUUUUCUGGUCAGCGCAUUUCCUCGCUCCGAGUCGCUGCUCGCUUCCACUCUCUUCUUCCUCCCUCGCGUCUGCUCUCUGCGCCGCCUCGGUGUCUCUCGCCCAACUCGCCAGUCGCGCUUUCGCGACCCACAGUCGCGCCGGCGACUCGCCGGACGCCGCCUUGGUCGCCGCGGCGCGGGCCUGGGAGAAGGACACAGUCUACGAACAGAGAACUGGAGAAAGGAGAUACGGCGAGAGCGGUCCUUGUCAAGCAGCCUCUGGUUGCCUCUUCGCCUUGAGCUUGAGAGCCUCAGCAGGACAAGCGUUGGAAGUCGCUGAACUUCGUCUCGAGCGACAAGUCUUUGGAAGCCAAGGUGCAUUCACCAGCCUCGAUGGCGGUGGCAUAGAACAGGCGACCCUCUUACCCCGACAGUCUCCUGUGACUCUCUUCGGUUCUACCUUAGUCGCUGGGCCUUUCCGCCAGCCGCCCAUUGUUCGUCUGUCUUAUUUGCUGCCCGACUCGGUGAAGCGCGAGAUUCGCCUCCGUCUUCCUCUGCCUCCUGCCGCCUUCUGCUGGCCUCGGCGCAUGCGCCCCCAUGCCUUCGUGCGAGACUGGAAUUCCCUCAGUUCCUCAAGCACCAGCCUGAUCUGCGACAAGCUGAAGCCUUCGUUCUUCUCCCCUGCUGCACAUCUCGACCUCGCGCGGUCUCCACAUACCUCUCUGCUGCGUGCGUGUACUCUCUCCGACUCCUUCGUCUCGCUUCCUGGCCUCGAUCGCCGGUUCAGCCGGAACGUUGUGGCCGCCGGAUUCUUCCCUGUCUCUGCGCCUUCUCGGCGUCUCUUCCGGGCAUGCAGCUUUGCAAAACACCCCUCAGAAGAGCAACUGCAUGCGCCCUGGGACUCCGCACCCGACGUCUCCGACACCGUCUCAGACCUCUCGGACCAGGCCUCAGACGAUACAGCUGUCUCCUUCUCCUCGCCUUCGUUCCGUCCCCGCAAGGGGGCAGACGCUGGGGCUUCGCGCGUGGCGGUGCGCGCAGCGCGUCGGUCGCGGUCGCGGGAAGGAGACAUGCCGUCUUUGAGGCCUGUUCUUCCCUGUCUCCUUCGAGUCGAGCUCCUCAGUGUCUCUGCAGCCGUCGCCGCCGGCGUGCUACCCGCGUUGCCCGCUGCGUCGGGCCCAACUAGCCAAAUCUGGACGAGCUCGCGAGGUCGGACGGCCUCGAGCUUGGCGCGCUUGACGGCACAGCCUGUCUCGAGCGCGGCGGCUGCAUGCGCCCGGAUCGAGGUCAGGUGCCCCGACGAAGAAGUCCGCCAGAGUGUGGUUGAGACUCUCGCAGAGGUCCUCAUGGACGACGAACUGCUGGCGAGUCUUUCUUCACUCGUUCCUGCUCUCGAGGCGCCUGUGACCUUGUGAUGAUCCAUGCCAAGAGAGUCCUUCUUCGCUUCGCAAGUGGAGAGACAGUGUGCAAGAGAGCGAAGGACAAACGGAGGGAGGGGCCGCGCGCUUCCCUUGGUGGAAACGAAGCACAGAGCAGGGAGACACCGGUCUCCAGCUACAGAAAAAAAACAGCAGUUCCUUCUCCUUUUUGUGGACAUGUUUCCUCUCUUGUGUGCGGUCUCUCUCGCACUGUUGCGCGCAUGCAUCGGCGAACGCAAAGGAGAGUCACGAUGCGGCGAGAGAGUUGAGGAGGCGACAGCGCGCAAGCAGAGCACGCAGUCUGAGUGUCGUGGUUGAGAUCAAAACAUUUUUUAAUCCCGCCGUCUCCGACUUCGAGAAAAGCCAACAUUUGCUGCGGUUUUUUCAAACAUGCCUUCUCUAGGAAUCUCUGAAGUCUUCCGUCUUCUGUCUACUUCCUUCAAACGGUUUAAAAUGAAGACUUUGCGUCACCUCUUUGUCCCAGCCGUCCAGUCGUCUAGCGAUGCUUUUCGGCGAGAGGGGGACAUGUUGUUUCGAGGGACUCCGCAUGCAUGCGUUAUCCCGCGGUCUUUGAAGCAGUGUCUGCAUCUGGUCAGAACCCGUGCAAAACUCGGUGCGUGCGCUUCGUUUUGAAGCUGCAUGCUCGCUUGCUACAUGUGACUCGGCGCAUGCACACCGUCGCGCUCGCGCAUGGGGGUGGCGAGAGGCCCAGAUUUAUCGUGGAGUUUCUCUCAGGAAUGUGGUGGAGUGCAGGCUUUCUGUGGGGGCAGAGAGGCACAUUCGCGCUGGAGCGAAUCGCAUGCAUCGGUUGUCUGCACCCAGGCGCAUGCGUGUUCGCCACGGAAAACGGCGACCGCAUGCACUCUUUCCAACGCGAACGAAUCUGCGUUCCUUUGUCUUAAGCACAGUGGCGGAUAUGGAGUCUCUCCCCUUU